CCAUGAUUUGCGUGUGAGAUGGCCGAGGUCGAUCCUGUGCUGCCCCCAACGUCGAGAUUUUCUCGCUCUUCUCUUUUGAACGUUAGUCCCCCAUACCGCCUACACCGGCGAACCGCAUGCCCACAUACAUCUUCGAUGAUUAUUUCGGAGACGAGAGACCGGGAGUGGCGACGGCAGUUCCGACCUUUCUCCCUGCCGUAAAUCAGUGGGACCCGAUAGGUGGGACGUGCGCGAGCUGCACGCUGUCCACGAAUCUGGACACACCUAUUAACCCAACGAAGGCGCAGAAUGGAACCUGGCACUCGGUGACGGUGAGCCCGGAUGAGCCCGAGACAACCAUUACUAUUACCUUCAGUGGCACUGCAGUGACUGCCUACUGCAUCUUACCGCCAGAUCUGGGCCCGUGGAUUACAUCCUACAUGAACAUGUCGUUCAUUCUCGACGACGAUACGGUCGGCAAAUUUGAAAGAACUGCGAGCGGGACCGACUGGACAUACAACUAUCCGGUAUUUUCCACGUCGAACCUGGAGAAUAAACAACACACCUUCGUGGUGCAACCCCGCGCAGAUGUUAACACCUCGUACAUGGUGUUUGACUACUUCACGUACGAUUUCGAGGAUCCCUCACCAACAUCCGCUCCUUCAAUAUCGCCGUCUUCUCCCGAACCAGCGAGUCCUCAGACGUCAAGCACAUCCAGUUCCUCGUCAGAAUUGUUAGCCAGUCCUCCAUCUGGCUCUCCGUCGACACCGUCUUCAGAUCCUUCGCCCAACUCUUCUUCGACAUCAUCUUCAGACUCUGCACCUAACCUCUCAUCGACAUCGCCUACUGUAAGUUCUGCACCCAACUCCCCAUCGUUAUCAUCCGUCAAUUCUGUACUCCACCCUUCAUCGGAAUUCAUCCCUGGCCAUUCUGCCAGCUCUUCAUCGACCUCAUUUAUCGGACCGACGUUGGGUAGUAACUUGUCGUUGUCAAACCACUCUAGUAUGCCAGUCGGUGCUAUUAUUGGCGGCGUGGUCGGCGGCGUAGCAUUCAUCCUUUUCGGUCUCUUGGCUUUGUGGUAUAUCUGGCGACGCAGGGCGCGAACACGCGAGCGGCUGGUGGCGUACGAAGCCAAGGAAGCAAUAUACGAAGUAAGCUACCCAGCGACGACCCCCUUCCUGGCGAACGAACCUGCGACAAGCUCAGAGGCCAGCAAGCAGUCUGCAAGUGUAAGUCCAGCGCCCCGCCCAAGCGACCAUUCCGCAUCUGGCUCGCGAUGGGAAUCGACGACGCUGCUCUCGAGCUCGUCGCAGUGGCCGAGCAGCGCAGAAGGGAAGCGUGCGCUGGCCGACGCGAGCCUGCAGCGCAUGAUCGAGAUGGAACGACAGGUGGCGCAGGACGAAGGUCGGGUAGACGGCGAGGAGAACGGGCGGCUGCAGCGAGAGAUCGAGGCACUCCAGGCGCAGGUGCACCAGCUGAACAUGGCGUUGGAACAGCAGGCGGAAGAGAUCAGGCAGGCCGCAUUGUACGACGAGGCGCCGCCGAGUUAUGAGGCUGAGUUGGAGCGGCGAAGCACGGCUGGGCGAUCUUAAAUCUCGAAGCCAUGAAAACUCGCGCAUGUUAGUCGGCAUGCUUUCAU